UCUGGAGGGGAACUCAUCCAUCGCAGUCAGUUGACGUCUCACAGAAAAGAUCCCGAACACAUCGAUGCGAUAGAGGAUUUUGUUUUAAUCGAUUAAUCGUCGCUGGCUCGUGUUUUCCUCCCGACUCGGAGUCAUGGAGUUGUCCGAGCUACUGUACAACAAAGCGGAAUACAUCGAGACGGCUUCCGGUAACAAAGUGAGCAGACAGUCGGUUCUGUGCGGGAGUCAAAACAUCGUCCUCAAUGGGAAAACCAUUGUCAUGAACGACUGCAUCAUCAGGGGAGACCUGGCUAACGUCCGGGUGGGCAGACACUGCGUGGUGAAAAGCCGGAGUGUGAUUCGACCGCCUUUCAAAAAGUUCAGCAAAGGAGUGGCGUUCUUCCCGCUGCACAUUGGAGACCACGUCUUCAUCGAGGAGGACUGCGUGGUCAACGCAGCUCAGAUCGGUUCCUAUGUCCACAUCGGCAAGAACUGUGUCAUAGGCCGUCGCUGUGUGCUGAAGGACUGCUGCAAGAUCCUAGACAACACUGUGCUUCCUCCUGAGACCGUGGUGCCGCCUUUCACCGUCUUCUCCGGAUGCCCAGGUCUUUUUUCAGGAGAGCUCCCAGAGUGCACGCAGGACCUGAUGAUUGAUGUCACCAAGAGCUACUACCAGAAGUUCCUGCCUCUCAGUCAGAUCUGAGACACACACUGGAAACCCUCAGCAGGGUCCAGUCCCUUCCCGUCAGGGCUGGGUCCUGACUGUCAGACUGAAAUGGACUUUGAGUGCUCACCUUCUGUUCGUCAUCUCCUCGGAUGUCUGGAGCUUCUCCGAUGAAGGAAAAACAAUUGGUCCUGUUUAGAUAUAUGAUGUGUGUGGAAAGCUCGUAAUUAAAGGAAUAUGGUAAAGCUGCAGGAGGCGGUUUGUGUGUUUGCAGCUCCAGAUUGACAGUCUGUUGAAUUUGGAAAGACAAUGGGUUGUUAUGAAACUGCAAACCACACGCUCUUGUUUACCUCCCCAGCUUGUCUGAGAUAAAAACUCCUCAGUAUUUUUCUGUUUCCUAUAAAUGCUUUGCUCUUCACAAGUUAUUUUUUGGUUAUUUAUGAUAUUUCUCCAGGUCGGUGUGCUCACAGAAACCCAGAGAAAGAAAGACGCCCUUGUGUGGGAAGUUGUCGCUCUUUGUCAGCGGCAGUGGGUGAAGAUGUGGAGGAGCUGGAAAGAAUAGAAGGUGAAGGGUGGAGGUGUUUGAAGGAUGUGGGAACACAGCUUGUAAGAUACUGUAAAACAUCAAUGGACCAAAGCAGCAGCAGCUGUGUUUGAGAAGGUCGACUGUACAGGUGCAUUAUUCAUAGCCACAGAUCAGAAGCACACUGUUUAAGUCACUGUCAUUUUAUUUUUAAUGUUGAAGAACAUGUUUAUUUGCUCUCACCUUCCACGUAAUUUGUCAUUCUUUAAUAUGACGUGAGAUUUUACUUCAAUGUAUGAUUCAACUUCAAAAAAUCAAGUGUUGCUGUUGAAGUCUGGCUCCUGUGUGCUUUGCCUCUGUCACUUCCUGUGAGCGAUACCACAGCCAGAGCCGUCAACUCAAAUAGUGAAGCAUAUAAAUAAAUAGAAAUGCUUUAAAAAUCUG